AUGAAUGGCCCAGGGGCCAAAAUAAACCAGCCUAGGGAGGAUCUGAACACAGUGGACGACGCCACCCUCCAGGAUAAUGAUUACCAGCAGCAGGCUCUGGUACCACUCCCAUGGUCCACUCACGGCGGCGAGGACGUGGGGAUCUAUGCACAUGGACCUUUCAGUUGGCUGUUCCACCGUACUGUCGACAACACCUUUAUUGCUCACGCAAUGAAGUAUGCCAUGUGUGUGGAGCCUUACACAAAGGAGGAGCAUUGCAACGGCCACACGAGUCUCCAGACGUCAUGGGUUUUGAUGCUUGCGCUUUUGACACACAUUUUGAUUGAGUAUUUACAUUAA